AUGAAUCUCCAAACUUUUAACCUUUUUCUAAUUGUUCUCUCAAUUUUACUUGCUUCAUCUAUUACUGUUGAUGCUCGGUGGAAUAACAUGAUUAUUGUUGGUUCAUAUAAUUCGGUUGAUACUAUUUCUAAUGCGGCAGAUUGUUGUCUUAAUUGUACUAUAAAUCCGAGUUGCCUUGCAUGGAACUUUGAUCAAAAUGAAUGUUUUCAGAUCACCUCCGAUAGAGGUGGUUCUUGUUCAACAAAACUAAACUCCGUCGAAGUAGGUGGUACUGUUCGUUGUGGUGCUGUCAGUCAAUGUUAA